CAGCAACGUCAUAUUUUUUUUUAUCUUCGCAAGAAAACGAAAAAAAGGAUAUUCUGUUAAAGUAUUUCAGUGUAAGAAGGUGAAAAAGUGUUAUUAUAGACCGAUAAAAAGCGAAUGAGGAAAAAAAGAGCAGUAUUGUAUACAUGUCGUCAGAAAAAUGUGUUUUGGUCCGUUCAAGAGGAUUUGCAGUUGGGGGCCUCUUAUUGCACUUGCAAUAAUACAAACUGUUAUUUUGACGACAAUACACUGUAGCAGGCAGUGGUGGAAAUUUUAUCAAGAUCCUUCCUCUGACUAUACUUUUAUGAUAUUUAUAACGUUUAGUGGUCUAACUCUGUAUCACUUUUUCAACUCAAUUUACGAAGGACCUGGUUAUCUUCCACUUAAUUGGGCUCCAGAAAAUGAGAAAGACUGCCAAUAUUUACAGUAUUGUAAUGUAUGCCAAGGAUAUAAAGCUCCACGUUCACAUCACUGUAGAAAAUGUAAUAGAUGUGUUUUAAAAAUGGAUCAUCAUUGUCCGUGGAUAAAUAAUUGUGUGGGCCAUUCCAAUCACGGUUAUUUUACUGCAUUUUUGACCAGCUCUGUUGCUGGAUGUGUCGUAUCGACCUAUAUAAUGGUAGUUUGGUUGAUGGCUGUAUUCUCAACCAAGCCUAUGCUGUUUUACCCACCUUCAAUAUUUACUCUAGUUACAGUUCUUUUUAGCAUUGGUCUGUCAAUUGGUGUUGUGAUAGCAGUGGGAAUGCUUCUGUACUUUCAGGCGCAAUCGAUAAUUAAAAAUCAGACUGGCAUUGAAAGUUGGAUUUUAGAAAAAGCAGCUUACAGGACAUCUCUGACAGGCGAGCUAUUUGUUAAUCCUUACUCAAAAGGCUGGUGGUUUAAUGUGAAACAAGUUGUUUCAUGGCACUGUGCUGCACCCGGGGAUGGAAUAGUCUGGCCUGUUGUAGAUGGCUGUGAUCAGUAUACGUUAACUCGUGAACAGUUGGCUCAGAAACAAGAAAAACGUAAACGAGCCAAGAGGUACAGAGUUGUAGCACGAGCGACAGGAUCUUGGGUUCCAAUUAGUCAUGGACUUAGAGUACUGUGCACACCGCCAAUUACCGAUGAACCCCGUAUCAAACUAAACAUUGGUGAUACUGUCAUUGUAACUCGUUGGCGCAAAAACUGGUUAUUUGGAGAGAAAGAGAACUCGGAAAUGAUGGUCGAAGGUAAAGACACGCGAGUGCGAGGCUGGUUUCCUCGUCCCUGCGCAAUUCCAGUUAGUGGGAAAGACCUGGAUUUUGAUUCCGAAACCGAUCAAGACUUGCAGUGUCUUCAAAGUGAGUCUACAUCGACGAAGUCUACCGCGAAAGCAUCUUCCAAUCAUGAGUUGAAAAAAGCGUCCCCGCAAGUUUUAGAUAAAAAGGACAAAUGACAUUAAAGUUUAUAAAGCACACAAAAGCGAUUAAAAUUUUUUUUUCACUAUAAGAUAGUACAUACUCCAGGGGCUCUAUUGAAAUUGGUGUUUUGAAAAUAAUCAUUCAGAAAAAUCUACCCUGUUUUUUUUUUUUUUUUAAAGUGCCUAAAAAUGCCAACAAUAGCAACAGCAUCGCGCUAAUCCGCUUUCUAUUGUCCUCGCACCCUACAUACAUACAUACGUACCGGCUUGCAAGCUCUAUUUAGGUAAAAAGUCAUGUGCUCAGUCCUACGUCGGACAAUGCUCCGCGCCCUCGUGUAUCCAGGAUGCCUUUGCCGCUGGACAAAGUCGCGCGUUCGCUCAGCCGCACACCGUCACCGUCGCCCAUAUACAUAUGCAACACACAGAGAGUUGUAGUACAAAACAGAACGCGCGAGCUUUCGCCCGAAAUUCGCGGGUCAAUUGUGCUUGAUUCCAUUGGUGGGCAAUCAGGUCUCGCUUCUCUCUUGUUUCCGUCGUUGCGAAUAUUGUAUAUGUUUUGCAAUGCACGUGUGCCCCCCGGCGACUUUAAACCGCGCGUCACGGUUGUUCCGCUCAAAAUGUUUUGCCGCAUAACGAGCUGCCUAUACAUAUAUGCAUAUGGGGAGGAGCUUAUAAUAUAUACUCCUUUCGCUUUGCCGCGUUACCGUCGCGGAAAAUCAAUAUAAUAAAGCUCCAUCCUGCUGUCGCUUCCCCGUGGUGUAAAGCUGUGCGAUGAACGUGCAUGCAUUUGGGUGUAAAAUAUACAUACAUGUAAGCAUGAAAAUGAAAAGGAUUGAAGCUUUUGCCUCGAAACGUUUUGAGAGUUUGUGGUGUAUUUUACGUGUUGGUCGGGGCGAAGGGGUAGAGGGUAGAGAAAAAGAGACACGCGAUUCAAUGGGCCGCUGUCUGUCACGCAGAGCUUAAUCUGCCGUGUCAUACAGGUUGUGCAUGGUGUUUUUUUUCUUAUUUUCUCGGUUUUAUUUCUAAGCUGGUGUGUGCAGCCAACCUAACGGGAGGAGCUCUGUUUGUUUUAUCCGAUAACAUCGAUUUGUCACCGUCAAACGUGACAUCAUGUUUGUGAAACUUGUCGAGUUCAAACAAUUUUAUAAAAUGUAUAUUGAAAAAAAAAAAAAAAAAAAAAUUAACUUU